UCCCGUUUGGUGCCCGCCAACUAUGGAGACGCCGCUGGAGAAGGCCUUGGCCACCCUGGUAUACACCUUCCACAGAUACUCGGGGAAAGAAGGCAACAAGUUUACUUUGAGCAAGCAGGAGCUGAAGGAGCUGGUGAAAAAAGAGCUGGCCUUAGGAGAGAAAAUGAAGGACCGGGGGAUCGACAAGCUCAUGGAAACUCUGGACAAGAAUAACGACGACGAGAUCGAUUUCAAGGAGUACACAGGUUUUCUCUCGGCCCUCUGCAUGUCCUACAAUGAAUUCUUCCAACAGGAUGCCAAGAUUUGGGAAGAAUUUGGGGACCGCCGGGGACAGGGGCCUUCCUCCCCGCCCCAGAGGAAAAGUUUCUUUGGAAAGUCUCCAACCAUGGCCAAACCACUGGAUCAAGCCGUCUGCUUCAUGGUUGCCACUUUCCACAAAUAUUCAGGAAAGGACGGCGACAAGAGCACCCUAAGCAAGAAAGAGUUGAAGGAACUGAUUGUGAAAGAGCUGACCAUUGGCCCCAAACUGCACGACUCUGAUAUCCAACAACUGAUGGAGGACUUGGACCGGAACAAAGAUGAGGUCGUCAACUUUCAAGAAUAUGCCGCCUUCCUCGGCGCCAUGGCCAUGAUUUACAACAAGGCUUUGUGCGAAAAAUAGGCCGGACUGAUGGGAAGCAGUGGCUGAGAUAAGCCCAGCCCUUUCAGAGAAUGGGUUGGUACCCAAUUAAAAAAAAAAAGUCUUUCCAA